GAGCAAGAACUGCAAGACGACAAGUACCUCGAGGGCUCGUUCAACAUUGACGAGAGGAGACCAAGAUUCGACGAAACGUCUUGUACUGUCGAGGACAAGGAGAUAUCCGAUCUGUUCAAGAAGGGCCUGCUUGAUGAUGGAAGUACAGGCCCUCUCAAGGGCGAUUUCACACUGAACCAUCUUCCUCCGCUUAGUGGCGAUGAAGCAUGCAGUGUCCAAUGGACAACUUCGAAGAAAAAGAAGCAAAAGCAGAAACCAUCGACGGGCGGCCUCUCGGACGAUGAACUGGCCAGCAUUCUACAGGCCUGUCCGGACUUGGAGGGCUUCAUCACCGAUUCA